ACAAGCCUUCACAUCUCAUAAAAUAAACAUAACCCUAACUCUAGAAAACUUCUCCUGAUAUCUCUCUCCCUCUCUCCCAAGUGUGGUUUUCAACCCAUUCGUAAAGAUCAUGAACCUUGAAGAGAAACCAACCAUGGCUUCAAGGGCUUCACCUCAAGCCGAACAUCUCUACUACGUCCGGUGCAGCAUCUGCAACACAAUUCUCGCGGUUGGGAUACCAAUGAAGAGAAUGCUUGACACUGUAACGGUGAAAUGUGGCCAUUGUGGUAACCUCUCGUUUCUCACCACAAGCCCUCCUCUGCAAGGCCAUGUCAGCCUCACUCUUCAGAUGCAGAGCUUUGGUGGGAGUGAGUAUAAGAAGGGAAGCUCUUCUUCCUCCUCGUCUUCUACCUCCAGUGACCAGCCACCAUCUCCUCGACCACCCUUUGUCGUUAAACCUCCUGAGAAGAAGCAGAGACUUCCAUCGGCUUACAACCGCUUCAUGAGGGAUGAGAUACAACGCAUCAAGAGUGCGAAUCCGGAAAUACCACAUCGUGAAGCUUUCAGCGCUGCUGCCAAAAAUUGGGCUAAGUACAUACCCAAUUCUCCUACUUCCAUUACUUCCGGAGGCAGCAACAUCCACGGUUUCGGAUUUGGUGAGAAGAAGUGAAGUCCCCAAGGAAAUGCAUGCCUAAAAAUAAUAAUAAACGCACGUGUGCGUGAUCAAACUUUUCAGCGAAGGGGUUUAGUUAACGGCGUCGUUUUCGUCAUUAUGUGUUUUAGAUGUGUUUAAAGUUGGUGUGUUUUCCUUUGUAUGUCUCCGCAGAAGUGAUGUUUGCCUCAUAGUAGAAUCUUUAGUUCUGUCUGUCUUAGAUUUGAAAGCUACGUUACGUUGAUGUGUUCAUCUGGACGUUCAUGUCGGGACGUAAUAAGUUUGUCUUAAUCCUAUAACAUUUCUGCCUAUCUCUCUUGUCUCUAGCUAUC